AUGGAUCAAAACAAUUUCUCCGGCUACCGCCACCGCCGCCCGCCGUCCACCGAACGACUCUUCACCGUGUUUUCCCCUCCCUCCGCCGUAUCUCCGGUGAACCCACCCGACGCCGGGGACGAGCUCAGCGAGAUCGACGUCUUCUACACCAGCGACGCGCCGGAGCCGCCACGUUCACCCGCCGUCGUCCGCCGCUGCCGCCGCGCCUUCGCACCGCCGGAAAAGUUCGGCAUCCUCGCCGCGCUUCCGGAGGACGGCCGGAUCCCGGACGCCACCGUGCAGAAACCGUUGCUACCGUCCUCGCCGGCGCCGCCGGCUCGCGACGUCCCGUCGAUCCCGAAGCCCCACCCGUUGUCGGAGGCGAGCAGGUACUCGCAGUCGGCACCUAUACGGAUCCCGAUGAUGGCGAGGAAGGCGAGAGACUGGGAGGCGGACGCCGGGGAUGAGGACGGCGGCGACGAGGAGGUGCUGCCGCCGCACGAGAUCGUGGCGCGUGGGUCGAUGAGGAGUCAAACGACGACGUUUUCGGUGCUGGAGGGCGUGGGGAGGACGCUCAAGGGGAGGGAUCUCAGGCGCGUGCGGAAUGCGGUUUGGCGCCAAACAGGGUUUCUGGAUUAG